UCUGUGUAAAUAAUAUUGAAAACAAUAUGGAAACUAAAAGGAAACAAUUAUCGUCCAUUUUCUGUAUGAAUUAAUCAAAUCAAUAAUUCUCUCUUACUGCACUUAUCGUUGCGGAGGACACGCAUGGUUGAACUUAUACCAUUUGGUUACAACAGUUUGAACGGUGAUGCAUAUGACACAUUGCUCAUAAAAGCCCAUAGAAGAUAAAACGACGUUAAGUAGAUUGUUGUUUAUAUGAUGGAUUGGCAAACAGUUGAGGAUCAAUGUUUCAAAGACAACAAAUUUUUCUCACAGCUUGUUGGUAUAUGGCCUGAUCAGGAAAGAGUUACCAAAUUUGUUAGACGCCUUGUCAUACUUGUACUAGUUAUUAUUGCCAUUAUAACUGAGGUAUCACGGAUAAUACUAUUUUACAGCGUGGACGCGCUGUUGGAUCAGAUACUGUACCUGGAUAUAGGUAUAGGUAUUUUAAUCAAGCAGUAUAAUUACAUUCUGAACGAGGAGAAGUUGAAGGAACUUUUGAACAACAUCGUGACCGACCAUCUAGUAAAACGAUCAAAGGAGGAACAAGAAAUUUUGGACACGUACUCCAAGAGAGCGAUGCUCUUUUCUUUUAUAUAUAAAGUCAGUAUAUGUUCUUCUGCGUUGAUGUUCAUCCUCAUACCAGCAGUACCGCCAAUUCUGAACGUUAUAGCUCCCCGGAACGAAUCACGAGGCCGCGAAUUCAUCUACCCAGCUUACUAUUUUAUGGAUGAGCAAAAAUAUUAUUAUCCCAUAUUAGCGCAUAUGAUAUCAAUAGCCUUAAUACUCGCAGCUGUAUAUACUGCAUGUGACACCAAUUUGAUUUACAUCAUACAACACGGGUGCGCCUUGUUUACCAUCAGUGGAUAUCGUUUCAAGCACGCGAUGGAUGACGUGAAUCUAUGUGACGAAAAGUACAACGAUGUGUCAAUGUAUAAAACUUACGUGAAAGUGCGUGAAUCCAUCGAAGCUCACAAAAAAGCUGUUGAAUAUGUGGAAAAAGUCAAUGCCUGCCACUUAUAUUACUUCCUCAUCGUCUUGGGCUUCACAAUAGUAGCAUUCACGACCACCUUCGUGAGGUUGUCAGAGACAGAAAUAGGGAUCCGAUUCUUCACGUUAUGGGGGUUCACUGUCGCCCAAUUGGUUCAUCUGUUCUUUUUAACGAUAAUGGGGCAGUUCAUGGUCAACUCUAACGAAGAAAUCUUUCAAACGAUAUACGAAGCCAAAUGGUACAAUGGUUCGUCGAAGAUGCAAUCGUUAUUUGUAUUGGUGUUGCGAAAGUGUUUGAACCCGCCCGCAAUAACAGGUGGAGGAUUGGUACCUUUGAAUUUGGACACUUUUGUACAAAUCUUGAAAGCAUCUUUUUCUUAUUACACAAUGUUUAGGCCUACGUAAAUACAACAGAAAGUUAUGAAGUAAGAAAUAAAAAUUGAGCGUUCGAAUUUUAGUAUGUAUAUUUAUUGGAUGAAUUA